AUGAGCACUCCUUCAACGCCUGUAGCUGCCCCUGCAGUAUUACACAACAAUGACGCAACUACGUUACCUGACACCAUAGGCAGCAACUCAAUAUCUAAAAGCGACAGCAUCAGUGCUACGCAUGACAACGGUUCAAAAUCAAACAGAAACAGCGGUGAUCAUUUCCAAAUAAAUCUAAACAAACCAUCUACACCAUCCCCACCAAAUAGAAAACGUGCGUCAGGUUCGUUUCUCAAGACCCCAGAACAACCGAAAGACACAAACAAACGAUAUUCAGCAACACUACCGUACACUCCAUCAUAUAAGCGAACAAGUACAGGUUCAUACAAGUCACCUGAUGGGAAAUUGGUCUACCAUAAUGUUAAUUCACCAUUUAGUGCAGCCCAUUUAUUGAAAACACCAAGACAUUCAACAAUUGAAGAUUCGCCUACUGGCGAGGACGAAGAUGGACGGAAAUUGAAAAUGAUGAAAACUCCACAAUAUUUAGGAACGGCAAAGAAGUUAUUUCAAGGUGAAGAUGGAAGUCCUAAUGGCAAAAGUCGAGAGGAUUUAACAGAAAUUAGUUCACAAUUGAGGAGUAAAUUAAGUUCUGCAUUAGGUAAAUUGCAGAAAGAUGAUUCAUCCCAUAAUUCUAAAAUCACAUUUACUGAAUUAUCAUUUGAUUCUCAAACAUCACCAACGAGAAAAUAUACACCAAAGAAACAUUCUGCCUUAGGUAACAACUGGGUACCUACAAACACCCUUCAAAGAGCCAAUCUUAACUUACAGACAUUACAACAAUCACCCAUUGCCAAAUCAAACAAUUCAUCGCCGAAAUUGGAGCAGGGUCAUGGAUUCAGAUCAAAUACCAAUUCUCCAUUAAAACAAUCACCAGUGUUGAAAGGUGAUAAUCAACAAGGACGUUCACGAUUGAACGAUAUGCCUUCACCAGAUGAAGAAACAAGUGCACAUUCUGCUUUGUUGGCAGCUCUAUCGCGACAACGAAGAAAAUCUCGAUCAUCGUUUUCAAAUAGUGAUACCAAGAGGAAAUCGAUCACAGCUGAAGGACCACCAACUCUACAAAUAACGACACAAAAGGAGAUUAAAUUACCGCCACUUAAUAUUGCAUUGAAUGGUGAAUACAACACCUCAAUGAAGCGGUUCAAUGGCAAGAACAAUGAACAAGAUGCCGUAAUAUCGUUAAUGUCAUUAGCAUCGCCGCAAUCAGCCAAAUACGCACACUCGCGAAGUCAAAGUUUGAAUAGCAAUGGAAAUUUCCCAACAAGUGGCGGUGGCUAUGGUGCUCCAUUUGGUGAUAAUGUUGCGUCGCCAAUAUCAUCACGAUCAUCACUGGUGCAAAUCCCAUCACCAACUUUUGCCUCUAUGCAACCACCACACCUACCUCCAUUGACUAGAUUUAUGAAGAGUCCCGAGGCAAAGCAAAAGGGUUCACGAAAGGGACUUGUCUUUUCUACUGAUGAUACUGAUGAUGAAGAUGCGGUUGUGGACGAUGGUGAUGAUAAUGACAAUGAUUCUGAUCGAACUGUUGAAGAGGACAAAUGA